GUGUGUAUGUGUGUAUGUGUGUGUGAGAGUGUGAACUGGGUCGGGAGGGAGCAGAAACCCUGACACGAAAUCUGUGAUUUGAGUCUCAGGCGAAGUCCGGUCACACCUGCGCUCCUGUUUCGAGGAUGUAAGGAAACAUUUGCUGGACAUUAAUUUUUUCCAUCUUGUUUUUCUGAGCGAUUGUGCAACUGUACGCGGAUAAUCCAGGAGGCGUACAUGAUCUGCACAGCCCCGACAUCGGCCCCGUCGGCACGACCCUGUUGUCUCUGCUCCUGAAGCUGACGGGUUUGUGAGCACCUGUGAACAGGACUGUCUGCUGACUAUUCCCACGUGGACCCAGUCAUCCCGGUGACCCAUGUGAUGUGAAGACACCCCAUCUGCUUAUGCUCUCUGAUGUCGUGUCUCACGGUAUAAAGUGUACACCUGUGCCUGGGUCAAGAGACCUCCUUCAUCCUGUCUCUUAGAAACGCAGCCACGCUCUGAAGCCAGCAUGUCCAUCACCAACACGCCUACCAGCAAUGACGCCUGCCUGAGCAUCGUGCACAGCUUGAUGUGCCACAGGCAGGGUGGUGAGAGCGAAACCUUUGCCAAGAGGGCCAUCGAGAGCUUGGUGAAAAAGCUGAAGGAGAAGAAGGAUGAGCUGGACUCGCUCAUCACUGCUAUCACCACCAACGGGGCCCAUCCCAGCAAGUGUGUCACCAUCCAGAGGACACUGGACGGGCGGCUGCAGGUGGCCGGACGAAAAGGCUUCCCUCAUGUAAUCUAUGCCAGGCUGUGGAGGUGGCCAGACCUGCACAAGAACGAACUGAAGCACGUCAAAUACUGCCAGUUUGCCUUUGAUCUCAAGUGUGAUAGCGUGUGUGUCAAUCCUUAUCACUAUGAGAGAGUCGUGUCUCCUGGUAUCGACUUAUCAGGGCUGACUCUGACAAGUUCUGGACCCAGCGCAGCGCUGAUGGUGAAGGAUGAGUACGAUUUCGAUGGGCAGCCCAGUCUGCCUUCCAUCGAGGGAGGGCAUUCCAUUCAGACCAUCCAGCACCCGCCUUCCAGCAGCCGUUCGGCCCCGUCUGACUCCUUCGGCACCCCUACCCUGCUCCCACCCUCUGAAGCCUCCACCACUGCCUCAACAUCGUCCUUCCCUGCCAUCGCUGCUGGAUCAGGGAAUGCCAGCUCCACCUGGUCGAGGAACAACAGCUUCACCCCCAACAUGCCCCAUCACACCAACGGCCACCUACAGCACCACCCACCAAUGCCGCACCCGGGACACUACUGGCCAGUGCAUAACGAGCUAGCAUUUCAGCCUCCCAUAUCCAAUCACCCAGCUCCUGACUACUGGUGCUCCAUUGCCUACUUUGAGAUGGAUGUUCAGGUUGGUGAGACAUUCAAGGUGCCCUCCACCUGUCCAAUUGUGACGGUGGACGGCUAUGUUGACCCGUCAGGUGGAGACAGGUUCUGUCUGGGCCAGCUCAGCAACGUACACCGCACUGAGGCCAUUGAAAGAGCAAGGCUUCACAUCGGUAAAGGGGUCCAGCUGGAGUGUAAGGGUGAGGGAGACGUGUGGGUGCGAUGCCUUAGCGACCAUGCAGUGUUCGUUCAGAGUUACUAUCUGGACAGAGAGGCAGGCCGUGCCCCUGGAGAUGCGGUUCAUAAAAUCUACCCCAGCGCUUACAUCAAGGUGUUUGACCUCCGUCAGUGCCACAGACAGAUGCAGCAGCAGGCCGCCACAGCCCAGGCAGCAGCAGCUGCCCAGGCAGCCGCUGUGGCUGGGAAUAUACCUGGACCUGGCUCCGUUGGAGGGAUAGCCCCGGCUAUUAGUCUGUCAGCUGCGGCUGGUAUCGGGGUAGACGACCUUCGAAGGCUGUGUAUUCUCAGGAUGAGCUUCGUUAAAGGCUGGGGUCCCGACUACCCCCGUCAGAGCAUCAAGGAAACUCCCUGCUGGAUCGAGAUCCACCUGCACAGAGCUCUGCAGUUACUGGACGAGGUUCUGCACACUAUGCCUAUAGCUGACCCACAGCCGUUGGAUUGAGACCUGUGUAGGUCGGCCACGCCCCUGCAUCGUACCCUGACACACAAUGGAAUGGCGAUGGAACGUCUUCCCGACCUGAACCGUUUUGGGUGGGUUGGAAAGGCCGCGGCAACAUCAUUUGUGGCAUUGAAGUUGUCUCCAGUGACAAAUUCUUCCAGAUGGCGUAUGAGGCUUCUUCAUGCACUGUUGGCUCCACCCUUGCUUAUUAAAUAGGGAUAACACUAACAUAGACCAAAGCCAUAUAUCCAAGAUAUAUUUAGAUUAAUUUUUGAUAAAUGGCUUUGACGUGUGAUGACUGGAACAGAGAGUUGCUAAACUUAGACAAAGAUAUCACCAAGAGUUAGUUACUGGACAAAGCUUCAUGCCAUGAUGAUGGCUAACCUGUUACCUGCAGAUUUCAACAAUGAAACUGGAUCAGACACAGACUACUCAGCACAGCUGACUACUGACAGAUGUUAUAUCUACAGAACUAAACCAGGAUAUUACAGCGCUGCACAGUGGGGGAUACCUAUAUCUGGUCCUCGGGUUCCCCUACUGCUGUUUUUUGUUUUUUUUAAUUCUGCCAGGUAGUUUUCUUUGAGCUGACCAAUCAGGGACUGAUUUUCACCUUGGAUGCCAGGUGAAUGCUGUUAGCUCCCUGGCAGAAUAGAAAACCAGCAGUAAUCUGGACCCUGAGGACCAGAUGUGAGGAACACAAUUGUACAAGGUACCUGUCGCUGAACCUCGUUGUCGAGAUGAUGUUGAGGACAGCUGAGCUGGACUGGCUCAAAAUAAGAUGCAUGCAGCUACAGCCAUCCCCUUGUACAAGAAUGUCACAGAGAAUGAAACAACUCACAGCAUGCCUCAAGAUCAUGAACUAGAUCAAGGUGAAGUCUAACCCAGGUUAUGGACUACUCUAGGUCAGGUGUUGUCAAACUACAGGUUUAGACCCAAAAACAGUUACAGUUGUAAGUCUAUUCCUGGAGCAUGCACCCACAACAAACAACAGUUGUUGUUAGGCACAAUACCAGAGCAAAGGUGGAGCCUCUGGUCGAGGUUUUUGGAUCAGACAAUGAACCCUACACCCCCGUUUUUGGACUGGGGUCCUACUGAUACAGGAUUUUUGGAUGCAAUAACUAACAGUUUAUGGAGCAAAAUUCUUCAUUAGUGAUUUAUUUGCUUUUAUUGCUUUUUGUGAUUCUAUAAUUUUUGCAUCAUUCAUUCAGUUUAGCCUUUUAAAAACAAGUGAUAGCGGAUAAUCUGAUGGCUGUUUUAGUGACACCUGUAAUUCACUGGUCACAUAUAGCAGUGGUCACAUCCCAUCAUUUACAGGGGUAGUUCCUGCUUUGUAAAAAUGACCUCUCUUAUGCUGCCACCAAGAAUGAAUCUCUUCCUACUUUCCUCUUUUUCUUUGACACUGUUUGGGGAGGGGAACUCCACUGGGAGGCCCGGGUUCAACAUGACUGGAGUGAGAAAGCACAGGAGAAGAAAUCCGUUAAUUUAAGCAGACAGUUUUUGGUUUUGGCACACCAAAUUACUGUCUGCUUGGAAACAUAAGAAGGCCAGUUUGGUCAUGAGAACCAGUAAAUUUGCAGGCGUGCAGGAAUUUGCUGAAGUUCCAUUCAUUUAUAGGAACCAUGUGAAACUGAAUUUUAAGAAAACUAUUUUUUAGUUAAUUUUUAAGACAUAAAAAAAAUCUCAAAGCAUAUCAGUCUGUUUCUCCACGCCAGUCGAGUCAUGGUAAUUAAAUGUAUCAUGACUUGGUACCCACACACGUGCUACUUAAUCCAUUUUUACACUCUUGUGUAUAGUUUACUGACAGAAACAGAAGGGGAGAAUUUUAAGUUUCCCAGCAAUAGUGAUAUAUUUUCUUGUUUUCAUUUUUGUUGCUUUCAAUAAUUAAUUUGUAUUUUCUUUUAGCACUUUAUUUUUUCUUGUUUUAAUUCUAUAGCCCUUAUUUGAGGUUGUGUGGUCCUGCAAUAUGAAUAAGGGAUUGAAUAGGUUGAAUUAUAUUUUAUGUAGAAUUGCCAGCAGAGGCAGCGCUCUGAUACAUUUGUAUUGAAAACACACAUAACACUAAGACACCUUUUUAAAAUUUGAUUUUGCCCUUUCACUCUUUAGGUAUUUACACACAUCUUGAGGGUAUCUUUUGGCUGUUUUGAGUUGCAAGCUUUGUUUUUUUUUUUUUUUUCAUCUCCAUGUAAAUAACUUUCUUUUUGAAAUGCAUGUCAGUGUUUGCAUGAAUGGUGAGUAGUAAUGAAAAAUGGACCCCCACACACACACCCCAUCACCCCACAUAAAGUCUUGAAAUUCCCCUAUAGUGCAUGGGGAGACUAAAACACCCAGCAGCCAGCCAAUGGAAUGCUUCCCUGACCAAGUAAACAAAUAGACAACAGCAUAUGAUAUCACUAACUUGUAAAGUAUUGAUUUGACCAUAAACCCUAAAUCACCCCGAUCCUCCCUGCAUGUGACACAUUUUAUAAUGUUUUUUAGCCACUUGUAGAUUACACAAAUUGAUUUCUGUUAGACCACUAAUGUUUAGACUCAAAAGAAUCUAACCACAUUUGUUCAUUUUGACACUGAAUACGUUCAUUCUAUGGGUCUUUAAACACAUCCCUUACAUUUAAGAUAAGGAGGACAAGGAAAACUGUUGGAAAAUAGAUGUAAAUUUGUCUUUACUGUAUUAUCCCUUUAACAGGAGUGUUAAUGGUUGUAUGAUGUAUUUUUGGCACAGCACUGACUGCGUUUUACAGCUGAAAUAUUGGUGGAAGGACAUGUUGGCUAUGUUACAAUUUUCUGUUGGAAUUUGGGCCUUUUUUUUUUUUUUACCGAGUUGCUUUGUUGUCCCAGGCUUUUGUUCUGCAUUUUUGUCCCAUCCAUAAUUAACAGUUUAACUUCUUCUGGACAGCAUUAUCAAAAAGCUGUUAGUACUGCAUGAGAACAGGACUGAACAUUAUGAUUCAUUGCCUCACAGAACCAGUAUAAUUAUGCCUUUGAUUGAAUGGCAAGAAACCGGACAUUUUAUGAUCACAAGAUGUUUCUGAGAGAGAACUGUUGCUGAAUAGGAUCUGGAGAGAUAACCUGUUAUCUUUUACUUUGCUCUAAGUUGGACAGAGACAUUUUUAUAUCACUUGCAGUUACUAUAGGAGCCUAUAGACCUUCAGCCCAAAAGGCCUGAAGGUGACUACUAUGACAAAUUUCAGAUAUAAAUUUUACCUGUAUUUCUUAUGUGAGAUUCUAUUAUUAAACAUGACCUGAUGUUCUGUAA